AACUAAAUCAAUGACUUUGCAGAAGUAAUGCGUGAAUAAGAUUCUUUUGGGUGAGGAAAGAACGAGAUUAGUAUCAUCAUGAAGUACAAAAUAGACACUUCAAGUGCUCAUUUGAUGAUCAGAUAGGGUUGGGGGAAAGAAAACCAGAUAACCUGAGUCACAUUGUGACCUAAGCUAGAUAUAGAAUAGGGAGAAUUAACUGCAAAAUUGAACAAGAGUCGAGACCCAAAAAAGGGCAUAUAUGACAUCCGAGGUUUGUGAUUUUUCGGGUUAAAGAUUAUGCUAACAGUCGAUCUCUCACCAUUGCAGCAGCCACUUAGUGUUCAGAAUCUAGCUUCCCCACGCCUGGCCGAGCCCAUAGGCAUCCAUGUAGCCUGCGGCCUGUCCAUGAUUGUGGUCGUGGUCAUGGCCAGAGUGACCGUGGCUGUGGCUGUGGCCGUGGUGAUGAUGAUGAGAAUUCUGUUUUGCCUCAUCCAGCUGCUUCUGGAUGUGGUCUGGUAUGGACUCCUCUUCAGCUUGUCUAAAUGACUUUGGUAGAGAUGACACAAAUGUGGCUACUCGUUCGCCUAUCUCCUGGGCUGUGUCUUCCUGGGACCAACAAAAGAAAAAUUGAGGAACUAAACUGAGUUUCAUAAUCCAAACAUUCAUCACGGUAAUACUAACACAAGACUAUUUAGGGCAGAAGGAGAACAUAAAAUUGUUUUUAUCAGAAAGAGAACUAACCUAUAUAUGCAUGCUGUUAAACAAGAACGGGGACUGUUUACAGUUUGUAAUUCAUCAUGUUAGGCAAACAUAUUUGGCUUUCCUAGUGAAAUCUGGAGGAAGGGUAGCUCAUCAGUCAUCGUGACAUCAGGAUUCAUCUCUGCUUUAAGGGUGAGAUCAUGCACAGCAGUUUCAGACAAGACAUUCAAGACUUUUCUUGUUCUCUGAAAAACAUGGCCGGAGGGGAAACUAAGCUUAAAAAACGUAACAUUUGCAG